CUUAUAAGAAUCCUCAAAACCCCUAAACCCUAAUUUUUUACAUUUCAUUCCCAAUCUCACUCUCUUCUCUUCACACACACAGCGAUGGCGAACCAGAUCUUCUCUCGCGUCAUCCCCAAAACCCUAACCCUAACCACCUUCCUCUCUCGCUCCUUCUCCACCACAACCACCAAUCCCUCUUCCUCCGCUCUCUCCUUUCUCCGCCGUCUCCGCCCUCUCUCCGCCACCGCCAUCACCUCCCGUCACAUCCUCCUCCCUUCCUUCCGCGCUUUCUCCACACGCCCUACCACCUCUUCCCUCAACGAUCCUAACCCUAAUUGGUCUAAUCGUCCACCAAAGGAAACGAUUUUGCUCGAUGGAUGCGAUUUUGAACACUGGCUUGUUGUGAUGGAGAAGCCUGAAGGUGAUCCUACCAGAGAUGAGAUUAUUGAUAGUUACAUCAAAACCUUAGCUGAGGUUAUCGGAAGUGAAGAAGAGGCUAGGAAGAGCAUAUAUUCUGUUUCAACUAGACACUACUUUGCUUUUGGAGCUCUUUGUUCUGAAGAGCUUUCCUACAAACUGAAAGAACUGCCCAAGGUUCGAUGGGUUCUUCCUGAUUCUUAUUUGAAUGUGAGGGAGAAAGAUUAUGGAGGUGAGCCCUUCAUUAAUGGGCAAGCAGUUCCAUAUGAUCCCAAGUAUCAUGAGGAGUGGGUUAGGAACAAUGCUCGUGCUAAUGAAAGGAACAGGCGCAAUGAUAGGCCUCGUAAUAACGACAGGUCAAGAAAUUUUGAAAGGAGAAGGGAAAAUGUGGUGAACAGAGACAUGCAGAGUAGGCCUCCAGUGCAGAAUUCUGGUCCACCUCCCAACAAUUCUUCUGGAUACCCUCCCAACAAUUCUUCUGGAUACCCUCCCAACAAUGCUGGCGGAUACCCUCCUAACAAUCAAGCUGGAUACUCCCCUCCAAAUCAAUCUGGAUACUCCCCUCCAAAUCAAGCUGGAUACGCCCCUCCAAAUCAAGGCGGAUACGCCCCUCCAAAUCAAGGUGGAUAUGCUCCUCCAAAUGCAGGUGGUGGAUACCCUCCCCCCAACAUGAGCGGACCCCCUCCUCCUAACAUGAGCAGACCUCCUCCUCCCAACAGUGGAUACGGUGCUCCUCAAAAUAACUACCUGGGGCAACAAAACCAGAACAUUGCAGGGAUGCCUCCAAAUGCUGGAUGGUCAAAUAAUCAGUAGACUCUCACCAAAUAAAUGCUAUGAUGUCUUGGACUUGAUUCAUUAUUAUUUACGUUGGCCACAAGAAUUUCUCUAGAUCAUAUGUGUUCCGGACAGCUUCUCCUCUUGCACCUUCUCGCAGAAUGACCAACACUCCAUACUGUGAGCUAUUAUUAUUAAUAGCUAAGAAGCCAAAAUAGUUUAUGUAAAUAUGUAAUGAAUGGUCCUUGACAUUUUGUACAAGCGACUUGACUUGAUCAUUUUUGCUAUUUUCUAUUUAAGUGUGUGGUACUUGGAAAGUAUUUUGCUAGUUCAAAUUCUUCGAUUAAGAAUGUAUGCAUAUAAGAAGCUUUUCUAGUGAGCUUAAAUUUUGACUGUGCA